AUGCCGGACCUCCGCCCCCGCACCCUCGCCCCACUCCUCCUCUCCCUUCUCACCGGGCACCGCGUCCUCGGUCAAGCAUCGCCGGGGUUUCCCAUGGUCAUCAACACCUGGGGCGGCCCCUUCACAGCAGCCACAGACGCCGCCUACCAGGCACUCGUCAAGCCGGGCACCUCGGCCCUCGACGCCGUCGAGAUCGGCUGCGCGACCUGCGAGGCGAACCAGUGCGACGGUAGCGUCGGCUUCGGCGGCUCCCCCGGCGAGAACUGCGAGACCACCCUCGACGCCAUGAUCAUGGACGGCGUUACCAUGAAGUCCGGCUCCGUUGCCGCCCUGCGCCGCGUCAAGAACGCCAUUGGCGUCGCUCGCCACGUGCUCGAGUAUACCUCGCACACCAUGCUGGCCGGCGACCUCGCGACGGAAUUCGCCAUUGAGAACGGCUUCGUCGCCGAGAGCUUGACUACCGAGGCCUCGGCGGAGCGGUGCGCCGCGUGGCGGGCCGGGAACUGCCAGUCGAAUUACAGGCAGAACGUCACGCCGGAUCCCAAGGCCGCGUGCGGGCCGUACACGCCCGUGGAGCUCGACUCCAGCUCUUCUGGCUACUUUGACCUCAUUGCGCCGAAUUCAGCGCAGGCGUCACACGACACCAUAUCCAUGAUGGCUCUGGAUGCGAAUGGGAUCAUGGCGGCUGGUACCUCUACCAAUGGAGCUUCCUUCAAGGUACCCGGACGCGUUGGCGACGGCCCGAUCACAGGUUCCGGUUCUUACGUUGACGGUGAUGUCGGAGCAUGCGGCGCGACUGGCGACGGUGACAUCAUGAUGCGUUUCUUGCCCUGUUAUCAGGCUGUGGAGAGCAUGCGACGAGGAAUGAGCCCCCAGGAGGCGGCGAGAGAUGCCGUAGUUCGCAUGGUCAAGAAGUAUCCGGCUGUGUCGAGCGGUAUUGUAGUUGUCAACAAUAAGGGUGAACACGGCGGUGCUGGGUCUGGGUGGACUUUUACGUACGCCUUCAGAGGUGGUAAGAUGAACGCUACUGAAGUUGUGACUGUGUCGCCCGUUGUUGUCACCCGAUCUUUGCGCGUUGAGUCAGAAUUGAGGUAG